AUGGCGAGCAAAACACCACCCCCUCUUAAUAAAGAAGACGAAGUUGGUCGUAAAUGGGAUCGUUGUCUAACGGAUUUAAUAUUAAAAUUAGGAGGUGGACUGUUAAUUGGAGGUGUUGUUUCAUAUAUAUUUUGCAACAGGAAAAAAUGGCCCAUGGCUCUUGCUAGUGGAUUUGCUGUGGGAAUGGCUUACUGCAAUUGUGAAAGAGAUCUUAAUCUGGCUGUUACGCCUACAUGUGAACCAACUCCCAAAGUUAGAAUAUCAUAUGUGCAACACAUUCGAUAUUAUUUCACAAUGUUGUACACUACAAAUAAAUCGAGAGUGGUAAAUAAUAAUUUUACAAAAUCGAUAAAUAAUAUUCGACAAAAAUUUUAUAGUACAUCUUAUAAAACUCUUUGA